UUAUAAAGAUGUUGAUCGAAUCAAGAGUAUUUAUUUUUCGAAAGGAUGGUUUAAAAUAACCUUAAAAACAAUAAACAUGGCGGAUUUAGGAAAAGAUCAGGAGAGACAUUGCCAUGAUCUCUUGAUAAAAUUAAAGAAAACUACAGAGAGUCUAUUAGCUAAUCAGUCUGCUCAGGGUCCUUGGGGAACAUAUGGGGCCUUACGACGCGUGUGUGAUGAUGCAGAGGCAAUAUUAAACCACCGUCUUAUAAAUAAAAAAGCUUCUUCAGAAACAUCUGGAGGUUUCUGGCCUUUCAUACAAGGCUUGAAGUGGCUAAGUCCAAACAUAGCCUCAGUGAUAGAGAAGAUCAAUCGCCUGAAACUAUCUCAUACAAUUGACAGUACAGAUGAUGGUAGAGCCUGGCUGAGAGAAUCAGUACAGGAUCAUUCUUUCAUUACCCAAUUAGAUAUUCUCACCUUUGACAUGGAUUAUCUACGCUGCCAUUAUUAUAAUGAUGCAUUCCUUUGUCAGGCAAGUUACAGGGAAGCCAUGAGACUAUGCUUUAAAGCAAUUGAGCUCAACAAGCCUGCACUUCUAGCUGAGAUAAGUCCACAGCUGCUGAAAUCGGGACAAGUAGAAUAUCCUAACACUGAUAGCAAAACAGAACCAGGCACUAGGUAUCAACUACGUCGGACGCAGUCAGAUUGGAAUACAACAGAUUCAAUAAUGGGAAACAAAAAUUCUCAUUUAAAUGUGCAUUACUCAUCUCAUCUCAGCUGCUCCAACAUGUCUCUGGCUGUUGAUCCAUCUCUUGGAGGGUCCAGCCUUUUGCAGCAGAAGAUCAUAUCUGGCCCGUGCUUUGUGUCAUCUUUAGACUCCCCGGGCCUCUUGGAGAACCUUGGCACCCACCCAAUCACAGACGCCAUGAGAAACAUCCAAUGCUCUAACAACAUCCAUCAUUUUUCACAGCAGCCUGAACAUAUCCAGAAACGCCAGUCUGUGCCCUCUCUUAGACAGCAGCAAAAUGUUUCCCUCAGGCCAUCUAGUCUAUCUAGGACUAGUCAAAGUGUUCUUAUACAUGAUCCUGGAAUAAAACCUGAAAAUUACGUCUGUGAAAAUAAUAAGUCUUCCGAAAUAAAAAAUAAUGACCCCCAGUCAAACCUCCAGAGAAAUGAUUCCCUUUCUAGCUUUGAAGAUAUUUCUAAUGAAGCAGAUUUCCUGCUCCGUCAAAAGUCUGACUCGUUGAAAAUGGACAUGGAAGAUUUUACACCUGAACUCAGAAAUUCACACUUCUCAGCUCUGACUAUGCUGGAGUCAUCAUUCCCAAGAGCAGAUACAAGCUAUAAAGCUUCUAGUCACAUAGAUAUUCAGAUAACAAGUCUUCCUCACAAAAACAGCAUAUCUUCUGGUUCAUCUCUUGGUCUAGGCAAUGCUUCUCAGAGGUCAGAGAGCUAUCAUAGUCAGCAAGAGUCUUUCAUAAAUAAUGGGUCCCAUGUGUCUCUGGGCACAGACACCCUGGAUUGCCCAAAUCUUCGUGAGAGCCCUAGCUGUGAUAAAUGUUCUGAAGGAUUCAAAGACUCUAUAAAUUCUGACGUUCUGGACCCGAAAAGUAGGCAAAGUAUGGGCAAACAGUCUCCAAAUAAGAAGUUGUGUGUGUCUAACUCUGAUUUGACGUUUGGAGGUGGAGACACCUUCAGCUCCAUUGAUAAAAAAUUAAGCUUUCUUGUGAAAUCAGAUCCUGCACUAAAUAACCAAGAUCCUCCCAUUGACAAUGGCAUUCCUCUUAUGUCUAGCUGGAGAAAUGAACCAUCAAGUCCUCGGCCGUGGUCAGAGCAAGAUCUAUAUAACCUGACAAGCCCAGGUACAUCCCCUGUUGUCAGAAGCUUGCGUGGGGCAUCCCAGGCAUCACAGUCUUCGGGAAAUGUUUACAUUCCACAAGGACUCCUGUCAGCCACUCCUACAGACGGAAGCAGCACAACGUCUGCUCAUUCCAUAGAAAAGGAAGCAGCACUGAAUGAUGUUUCCAACAACAGCUUAAUGGACAAGGCAAAAUAUUUUCCUUCAACGUCGGAUGCUUCCCUGCAUAAAAAGAUGGGCCACAAACGUUGGGUAUCAGAUACAAGUGCAAUUACCAUAGAAGGGCAGUCAUCAGAGAAGACCUCAAGGGCUGGUCCUCAGUCUUCAUCAGUGUCCAACAGCAAUUACGUCAAAGCUGCUGCUAGAUUGGCUCACCAAGCUAAUGGCUGCAAAGCAUCCGGCUGGGAGACAGAGAGCUACCAGAGUGCCUUGACCAAACCAACGGAGGGUCAGAGCUUAAUCAGCUACCUGACGUCUCAAGACUUCAACACAUGCGCCAACUUAGAAAAGGAGAAUGCUCACUUCCACAUAUCAGAAGCUCUGAUUGCAGCUUUUGAGUCAAUGAAAUGGAACCGUAUGAUGCAAAAGCAAGCCAGCGGUCGCAAGAGCUCUUCGUCUUCAUCCUCCUCCGAUGAAGAAAUACAUGCGUUAAGGCAGCGAAUUCGGAUAAGGAAACGAGAAAAGUUUCUGGAGAAAUCUCAACCAUUUCCUUCUGUGAGUGAUGGUGUUCCAGAUGCUGUCACUACUAGUCAGAGUGCCUCAUCACCUGCGAACUCAUCUCAGGAUGUCUCUUCAAUGUCAGAAGAGUGCAAUGAAGAUGAAGAAGAUGGCCAAGACAUUGAUCUGCCCAUGUCCUGUGAUGGUCAGUCUAACUUGGCUCAACUUCGAUCUAGCGGGCUGACACUGUCCAUGGCCUCCCUGUAUUCAGAUGCUGAACUGGCUCGCAGUAAUAAGCAGAUAGUUAAAAUUAAUGCUGUGGAGGAAUCACUAAACCCAGGGUCUGCUGAAUAUAUUGCCAUUUCAUUGCUGAAAAAAUUCUCAGAGAAACAUCUCCCUAAGGCGUCAGAACUUGAGUGGCUGGUGAAUGAAGUUGAUGUCCCUCAGUCACUACUUCCCUUGCCUGCGUCAAUUCCUAUUUCACCAGACGAUGCUGAUAAUGGAGAUUUGGCCACACCAAAUAAGACACGACUUAGAGGCAACAUGGAGUGGGCACCACCAAGGCAGCAGAUUAUAUUCAGUAUACAUACCCCAGAGAAGCGUGAAACAGUUAUGAGUCGACAGAACUACAGAUGUGCUGGAUGUGGUAAAAAAAUUGAUCGAGCUUUCAUGAAAAGGUGUAGGUACUGUGUAUACCUCGGCAAGUAUUUCUGCCCGUGCUGCCACAGCUCAGAGUUGUCAGUCAUCCCUGGUUAUGUUCUAGAACGCUGGGACUUCACCCGCUAUCCAAUCUCCACCUUUUCGCAAUCUUUGCUGGAGAAGAUAUGGUCAGAGCCCCUGUUUCACUUGGAAACCAUCAACCCUAUUCUGUAUAAGAGGGUUAGGGUCCUGGAGAGCAUCAAAGAGAGUCGUCAGCAGCUGGUCCACCUUCACUCUCUUCUUGUAGUCUGCAAGAGAGAUCCUAAGGUAUUAAAAGAAAUGCAAGCUCUUCCUUCCCAUUGGUUAAGCAACGAUGACUCAUACUCUAUGGCAGAUUUUAUGGAGGUUAAAUCUGGAACUAUGCUGCAGCGCAUCAGAAUCUUUAUCAAUCUGGCUGUCAAUCACAUACGAGACUGCCAGUUGUGCCAAGGGCUAGGCUUUCUGUGUGGAAUGUGUCAGGACAAAAAAGUUAUCUUUCCUUUCCAACUAGAGUCAGUGGUCACAUGUCAAGUGUGUCAAUCUUGCUAUCACAGAGAUUGUUUUGUGCCAGAGAAAUGUCCCAAAUGUAUUCGAAGAGAAGCGAGAAGAAAAGUCCUCCAAGAGUCUAUAUCCCCUGACAGUCCAGACUCUGGAAAUGAGGACAGCACAUGUUCGGACAAGACCUUGGUCUCAGGUGGAAGUCCCCAGAGUGGCAGCGCAGAUGAGCUGAGAUAAUUUUGGCUUAAUCUAAGCAACUAAUAAAACAAGUUGAAUGUUUUCAUCAAAGUCUUCCUCUCUUCAAAUGUCCACAUUUUAUUGAAACCUAAACUGAGGUUUCAAUUACAAACCUUAUAGCAAAAAUAAUAUAUCUAUUUUAUAACUAAACGUACCAGUACAUGUAAUCUAGAUAACAUAAAUGCCAUCAUAUUUAUUUCAAAAAAAAUAAAAACAUUUCGUAUUGCUUUUCUUCCAAUGCUUUAAACAAAUAAGAUCUUUUCAUCACAUAAAAGUCUUCCAUAACAUUGUAGAAAUCUUUAAUAUGAUGCACUUGGUAGUAUGUUCUUUCAUCUGUAUAAAGUUCAUAGUUCAGUGAAAUCAUUAAUCCACAUGCUUGGCAGUACGGGAGAUUAUUAUAAUUUAUAUAUAGUCUUACUUUACAACGCGAUUGCUCCACAUGGUAUGUAGUAGUCAGUGUCAGUGUUUCUGGCUAUGAAAUAAAGUGGAUUGCAAAGAAGAAAGACAAGCAAAACAACUCUGAGCAAUUACAGAUAAUAGUCCCAACCUACCCUUUGCCUUAAAUGCUGUUUGAUUUUCAAAGCAAAGUUUGGACCCCACAGCCAUCUUCGAUUUCAGAUCUUGAAUGUGUGAUCUCUCUUGCUUUGUGUAAAAAUAAAGUUCAAUACUUUCAUAAGCCAAGGUAUGGUGGCCUGGCCAUGAGAUAUAACUUUAACUUGUCAUGAUGGUGGUGAGUUUACCCAUCUUCGGAGGGUUUGACUUUCAUUUCUGAUUGAGUGUGAAAAUUUAAUUUAAAAAUGUAAUAUAAUAAAACAUUUGACCCUUCACAGGCUAGUCAAGUAUUUUAAAAAAAGAUUUAUAUAUAUAUAUUCAUUUUAAUUUCCUUUGCACUUCCAAACUGUUUGAUUCUGCUAGUUCUUCUUUGUACAAAUAACCCUUUAAACUUAAGAUGAUGCUAUGUUCAAGUGUUAGCUUAUUGCUUACUGUCACAUUUAUUGUUGAUCCUACAAAUAUUUCAGUUAUAUAAGCUCGCCUCAAGCAAAGUGGGUCAAUGUAUGCUCUCUGGAGAGGAAAAUCAAAUAAUUUGAAUUAUUCCUAUUUUAAAAUGUUAUAGGCUUUACAACUGUCUACAAAUUGAACUGAGGAUAUUAUUUAAGAACAGAGCGUUAAAGUAUCGUUAAAGGUUAGGCAUACCUAAAAAUACCGAUUUACAAUGAUUGAAACAACUAGCCAAAGUUUUUAAGUCACAGAUCAUGCCCAUUAAAAAUGUCAUCCAUUGAAAAUGUCAUCCAUUGAAAAUGUCAUCCAUUGAGCAAUGUUUUGCUUCACCUUCCUAAUAUUUUUGAGGUGCCCAUGUCUUUCACUUUAAACUUUGAACUUCAUGUUUCAUGACUGCUCAUUUUUUUAAUCAUUGAAAUAUACAAUUUUUUGUUCACUCAAGUCACCUAAUUUAUUAAUAACAGUUCAUUUAAAUGUGCUAACAUAUUUGUAUAGCUCUGUUGCAAGCCAUUUGUGUAAUGAAAAAACAUUAUUUAUAUUUUAACAUAACAUUCCACUUUAUUAUAUGUAUUUUUAUUCGAGUAUGUCAGUUAUUGGAUAUGUUGUGAGUUCACAUCUUACAUUGGGUGUUGGAAUGAGAAUUAGUCAUGUCUUCAUAUUUUUGGAAAUGUUCAUAAUUGUUGUUUUUUUAUUCUGUGAUAUGAUGAUUUAUUAAAAAAAAUGCAAACAA